CGAGCUGUCAGCCAAUGAGAGGAGGCGCAGAUGCAGGCAGAGCGGAGACCGACUUCACAGACCGGUCCGGUUAACGGUGGAGGAAAGACAGGACACGGAGAGGGAGUCUGCAGCCAGAGUCUUCUGCAGAAAUUUAAAAAAAAAAAAAAAAAAUCUUUAAGUGUUUGCAUCAAAAUGGAGAAGAAAAUCGCAGACUUUUCAGGAAAAUGGAAGAUGAAGUCUUCGGAAAAUUUCGAGGAACUUUUGAAAGCGCUUGGUGUGAAUGUGUUCCUGAGGAAGAUUGCAGUGACGGCGGCCUCCAGCCCAGCGGUGGAAAUCACCCAGCAGGAAGAGAGCCUGUCCAUUAAGACGUCCACCAGCGUCCGCACCACCAACGUCUCCUUCACUGUGGGUCAGUCCUUCAAUGAGACCACAGUGGAUGGGCGUCCCUGCACGAGUUUUCCUAAGUGGGAAACAGACAGCAAGAUCAGCUGCGAACAGACUUUACAGAAAGGUGAGGGACCCAAGACAGCGUGGACCCGAGAACUGACCAACGAUGGAGAACUCAUACUGACAAUGACGGCCGGAGAUGUUGUCUGCACCAGAGUUUACGAAAGGGAAUGAGGAAAUUUCAAGACUGUCAUACAAUACUCCUGUUUUGUGCCUUACGCAUGGUUUACAUUUACUCUCCUUUGUUUGUCUUUGGCUCCCCUAGUCAGUCAGAUUUCAGAUUGUCAAAUCUUGCUCAAACAGUGAAAAGCUUCAACCAAAGCUGAAUUUACUCUUCAUGUAUAAUAUAGAAAUGUCAUACAUUCCUUUUUUUAAAAAGCUUUAUUGCAGUGUCUAAAUCCUUUCUCACGUUGUUAAUAAACUGUUUUAUAUGAA